AAUGGUCUGAUAUUAGCCCAACUUUAUUGCACGGGUCCCCUUAAGGGGCUCCCUUAAGGGUCACUUUUGGCCCUCAAGGGAGCCUUAUAAUAGAUUUCUAUAAUAGAAAUUCUUUAAGGAAUGCAAUUUCCUUAAGGAAGUUCCUUAAGGAGGCCCCCUUAAGGAGAAACCUUGGUCUUAAAUAUAUUGCUAACACUAUAAAUACUAAUAUAUUAUUUACUGAAUUUAUACUUCACGGCCAUGCUUCUCCUAUGUGAACUAGACAUCGCGUCUCGUUUUUCUUACUCAUCACAUUGCUAGCGCACGACGUGACCUAUUUCAUCUUAUUUUGACGUCAUCUGUUAUUCUAGAGAAGUAAACUCUUUUUUUUGUCUAAGGUCUACCUGAUGAGUUCGACGCGUAUCCCAUCAAUGCUUGUUUCUUAAAACGCAGUAGACGUUUGGAGGGUCGUAAAUCCUCAGAAUCAAUACAAGUGUAAUAUUUGAAUUUGUCGCUUUUAUCACUAGGAAGUUGACGUGGUCUCUUGUCCGGCAAGUUGGAAAGAAAGGAUCCGAUGGAUUCGCUCCAGCUGCAAGCAAAGCGAUCGACAUCAAUCUUCCUUCGCAAAAGUGGUAGGACUACGCAAAGUGGUAGAACUGCAAGUAGAAGUGGUAGGACCACGCUGGGAGGCUGAGAAGUUGUAGGAAACUGCGAGGGAGUGCAGCAACGAAGUCGGGCAUCAUCAAGGAAAAGGUUCCUCAUCAAGUCAGAGGGAGUGGAGGAAGUCGUGGAAGUCGAUUUCGUGUGCGAACGGGGAGAGGCGGUUCUACAGAAGACGACGUUUUUCCACCUAGAGUCAACGUAGCGUCUUGGUGAAAAUGGUUGGUCAUAUUUUGGUGCGUGCCCUGCCUUUGGCGGCGGUGUCGGCUACAUUCACUUAUGCUAAAAAGUCGCUGAAGAUUAUUAUUUUUUUUGUGAGAACUACCUUGUGCAUGCGCAUGUUCAUGCAUUUCCUUUGCAAGCGAAUUCACUCUGUCUACUUUUAGAGUAUGUCUUCAUCUAUCUACCAUUCUCGAAUUCACUUUGUCUCUAUCUAUCUUCAUGUAUCGCAAUUCGUUCUCACCUCGCUUUGUUGCACACUGUGCAUUCCAGCUUGUGUGUGCUCUACUAUCUUCUCGAUUUAUUCUGUGUCAUCAAUACCUAUAGCAUCUGAACUUCUACGAUCUUCACACAAACUCUUGUUUGUAGCGCUGCGUGUGCCUGUAGUUCCUGGUAUAUAAAAGCACCCCCUUGAUGUUCCCUCUCAAUUAGGUGCCCUUCCCCUCCUCAAGCUAGUCCUUCAUCUUCGACCGGAUGAGGCAUUUACCAUCUUGGCGGACUCGCUAUGGGGUGCAGAUGCUCCGAAGGAAGAGCAAUCGAUUUUUUCGAAAUUUCUGGCUGGAGAAGAAGAUAUGGAUGAAGCGGUUCGUCCUAAAGACACGACUCUGAUGCCCUCUGCCUUCACUUAUGAUCAAUUUCAAAUCAAUAGAAGAUUGGAAAAUGUUAAAUCGAUGCUAUGCAUGUCCUCAGAUACUGAUGUAGAUUUUGAUGGAGUACUUAAACAUUUAUGGUGAUGUUGAUGAAGUACUUACACAUUUAUGGUGAUGUUGAUGAAGUAAUUACACAUUUACGGUGCUGCUGCUGAAGUACUAAGUAACUUACACAUUUAUGGUGAUGCUGAUGAAGUAGAAGUACUUACUCCUACUCAAUUCAUCAUAAUUUCUUUGUGCCACUCAUGUCGAUGAUGCUGAUGGUCGCGCGCUCAAGUUAGUAGGUAGAUGUGAAGAAAUCUGCUCUAAUUCUUCGAGUUCUUACAGACGACGGUCUCGCAGGUGACUGGUGUGAUGACGAAACCGGAGUUGGAUCAUUCGGGCGGUACGGUACCACGGAGUUUGAUCCUGACCUUCUGCAUUCUCGCGAUCAUGACGAGCGGCGGACUCAUGCUGUAUUGGACGCUGAAAGACAAGGACCCUCAGUACAACCAUAAGAUUUUUUAUCUCUGUAUAUAUCUACCAGGGAGGGAGGCCCCCCCCCCUGUUGAUGGAUCUGGGGUGGACCACGCCAGAGGGGUCCAGCCUUGCCACCUUUGCCAGGUCUGUCGAGGGGCUGCCGGGCGGGAAGGCCUCAAAGCGCCCACUUCUGACCCCUUCCCGCUUCUUGCGUGUACCCUACAGACCUGGCAAAGGCUGGGCCCUCUUGUCGUGUUGCGUGUGCCCGACAGAGCUGGCAGAGGAGGCAAGGCGGGACCCACCCCCUUGGCGUAGGGUUGGGCACAUGCAACGCGCCAGAGGGGUCCACCCUUGCCACCUUUGCCAGGUCUGUAGUGUCGGGCACAUGCAACACGCCAGAGGGGUCCAGCCUUGCCACCUUUGCCAGCUCUGUCGGGUACAUGCGACACGACAAGAGGGCCCAGCCUUUGCCACCUUUGCCAGGUCUGUAGGGUACACGCAAGAAGCCAGAAGGAAGCAGAACUGGCGCUUUGAGGCCUUCCCGCCCGGCAGCCCCUCGAAAAGAGGGGCCGGGGCGGGGAGGCCUCCCCCUCAAAAAGUUAGAUCGGGGGGGGCCUCCCGCCCUGAGCCCUGGAGCAUAUAUAUUAUAAGUGUAAUCUUUUGUUGCGAGAGUGCUAUAGAUUAUAGAAAAUAUGCUCAUGCAUACGUAUUAGACUUAUUUUGAAGUAGUGGGAAUCACAGUAGUUGUAACAAGGUCGCCCGACGUUAGCAACUUCAAUGGUUUUUGAAUCAAUAGCUUUUGAAAUAUCGGGUUCAUCGAUCUACUUGUGUUUCUUUGCUCGAUAGCUAUAAUUCAUGUUCUAUUCAUCUCAGGGCCACCGAGAUGCGUCGUUUGCGGAAGGAUCUCCAAGAAAUGGCGGGUUUGUACAACGCAUUAGCCGACGAAAAUCCUGACAUCCUUGUCACUGAGGAUGGUGAGUUGCCGGCCAAGCUGGAACCGCCGGUCCCGCCCCCCGAGGAAGAGGUCGUGCCGCCAGCGGAUGAAAAGGGAGCGACCGGAGAUGGAGAGGUGCCGCCCGUGGACGGAGAGGUGCUGCCCGCGGUGCUGCCCGAAGAUGGACAGGUGACCCGCGCCUCCGCGGCUCGCAUGUCGGGUGCAGACGUCCAGCCUGUGGAUGGUGGUGCAGCGGCCGUCGGAGCUGGUAUGGAAACGACGGGGCAAACCGAGUUAAGCGAUAGUAUUGAGUAAAAAUUGUUGCAAUGUAUGAUCUGACUAUUGAGGCUUGUGGAGAAUGAAUGAUUGGUUAGCCCAGGCAAGCGCCGUACUUCUUCUAAGAUACGUGGUGAAUGAAGACGCCGCGAUGCCGGCAGUGGGGGAGGCUGGGGAGCUGGGGGCUGUCGAGGAUGCGGGAGACGCUGAGGGUGCCAACGACCAAGAUUAAGCCUAGUCUUCAUCUCAUGUUGUGAGGUCUUACUUUGGUAUCCCACUCAGUGGCACUGUGAAGAUACGCGUUGGAAUGAGUAGAUUGUCACCACUAGAAACAGCGGAAGGGAUCUGGACCUCCUCAGAAUCUAUGAUUGCUCAGAAUCUAUGAUUGCUCAGAAUCAAUGAUUGCUCAGAAUCUAUGCUUCAACUCAGGAGGACGAAGAGGUACUUCGUCUAAUACUCACCAGGGGGAGGUGCAGCAAAAAAGAAAAAGAAGAAGGACAAGGCAGCGCACGAUGACGAGGGUGCGACAGUUAAGAUCAUCGACACAUUAUAAUUCAUGUCAGGUCAUGCUAGUAUCCCGUGACCUGGUCUAUGCUAUCCUAAAAAAAUUUUUUUUUCAUCUAGUACUUUAAUAGUUUACAAGCAUUAUACCAGAAUACUUAUGUGCAGUAAUUCCAUGGAUGGCCGACUCGAUAGUGUCGCGAUUCAUCUGGUCUCUUGCAUUCAUCUUGUUGUAUCAUGAGAAAAAGAGAACAAUCCGAACCCAAUGUGAAGUAUUGACGCCGAUAGCUCUAACAUAUUGGAGGGCGAAGAAGGCGAUGAAAAGAAAAAGAAGAAGAAGAAGGAUAAAAAAAGCAAAGGCUCGGACGACGUCGGAGAAGUCCCAGCAGGAGGUGAGGUCCCCAUGCAGGACGCAGAGCAACUCCCCGCAGAAGGUUAGGUAGGUAAAGAAGCGUAAGGCUAAAGGCGCAUAGAUGCAAAUAGGACUCAUCAACGAGGAAGUGAACACAAGAGCAGUCGAUAUGACCACACUUCUGUAGCUUAUUCUUGGCUACUAGUACAGAUGACUGCGCAUGUCUGACAGACCACCUCCAAGGACCGACAAACACGUUCAGAAGCAACAACAUCAAUAUUCGCGAACUUAAGACCACUAGAACCUAUAAGCACAAUCAACGAGUACAACAAUUAGACCAAAUUGAAUGAUUCAAAAUCACUACGAGCAAUUUCACAAUAACUAUUACGAUUUCACAGCAUAAGUAGAACACACAUCUUCAUACCACACGUGACAGCAAUCCCCAUGAGCACAAAAAUACUACCUCGUUUAGCAACAACUACGUUCGUAUCUUCAAUUUCAAUGAUUCAUGUCCACAUACUAGCUCGUAAAAUUUGCAUCAUAUGUACGAAUACGGUCAGCUUUUUGUUUCUCGAUCUUCGUUUGAUCCUUUGUUCAUACUCUUCGUCUCGUCUAUGCUUACUCGAUUUAAUUUGAUGUCUGUCUGUUCGGUCUCGUCUCUCUGUUAUCGUCUAUUUUAAUGAUCUUCGUUUCGUCCUCAUAUCUUUGAUCCAUCGGUCUCUCACUCGUACUCUUGGAACUCCAUUCUUUUUUAAAUGAUUCUUAAUUGACCCCCUCUCUAUAAACAUCAAGGUACAUGCCCCAUUUUCUACCCUUUCGUCCAACAAGAUCCUUAUUUCAUCCUGUCAAAAUGUUGUUCCUUGCUUGCAUGCCUGCUGAUGUUAGAUUAAACUACAUGACGAUGGCAGCACUACGUUGGGAACAUCUUAAGGCUAUCUUAUUCUUGGCUACAAGUAAGUUCUCUCCUCUAUCCUUGUGAGCUGGCACCCAUGAGAAGGAUGAGAUCCCUGGGAGAACUUACUGUGAGCACCUUCCUCCUUUCCAGGAAGAAGGACCUCAUGGGCAGUAGUAGCCCUAAUACGCGUAUUAGAGAUACAAUAUUUUAACUAGCUAAUUUUCUUUUAAACCUCACCUCAUCUCCAACCAUUGUAGGACAAUAAAACUCAACACCAUCCUUAGGGAACAACAUGAAAAAGAUUAAAACAAAAAUGAAGUUUCUCCUUGUAUAGCUUGCUAUACUCGUAUGGUCUUCGCUGCCUUCUUGGCACAACUUGUUCUGAGUUCUAGGCUCUGAAAGAUGUUACUUUUUUGAAAAAGACAAUCUGGCCUUUGGUCUUCCACGGUCCACCUUAUCAUUAAGAAUUAGUCAUUAACACCAGCAGGAUCUACAGGUGUGAGUGUCGUCUGUUUGUUACACGAAAGAAAUCCGUACUAAUCGCAUUCUGUCUCCUAGAGUAGAAGUUAUACAAAGAGAUGGAUCUAGGUCAUAAUUCAGUAGAAAAAAAUUUAGUGGUUCCUAUUUACUCCGGUGAACAUAAUUCGCCGAUGAGACAGACAAAUUGCGCAUCAACAAUGCCGAGGAGGUGGCAGUGUAGUUGUGAAUUGCGCAGAACGUGUGUGGGGCAUUACCUCACUUGAGUCUAGGAGGUGACACCUUGUUGCUCUGCUCAACUUAAAACAGGCACUAAUUGAUAUUAAGCAGCAGGUGCACACUGACUUGUACUAACUGUAGUAAUUGUAUGCUUGCGUUGUAGAAAGCAGCUGCACACGUUUCUUUUCAGUGCCUUCGACGGUCUCUCGUUGCGACCACAUUGUCACUUCUAUCUCAUGGUUCAUUGUGACCAAGUAGUGAAUUCAUUCUCUUUGUACAGGCAGAAAUACAGGCAACUACACAAUAUGGAUAGCAGACAGAAGAAAACAAGAAUUCAUUACCGGGAGACAAUGCUUCAACGAGGAGCGACGCCACGUUAUAAUAUACGACCUGAAAUUAACGGUUUAGCCCAUCUGUGGCACUGUGGGUAUGAAAUGAAUUGAGGCGCGCUGGAGAUCAUGAC